ACGUUGUUCAAGAGAAACUAGUCAUAGUCACACAGAGCUGUGAAGAUGGCAAAUGUGAGAUACAGUUUUCUAUUGAUCAGUAUCUGUUUAAGAAGCACUUCGUGGGCAGACUCAAUGCUGCAAGUUACAUCUUUAAUUGGAGCUGUUGGGAAUAAUAUCAUCAUCCAUUGUGCUGCUGAUAAAACCCCUCAAGAUGGGGUGUACCUGUACAAACAAGCAGGAGCAAGUAAAAAUAAGCAGGAAGUCUUCUACUAUUACAAAGAUGGGACUUUUAGACCAAAAUCAAAAUGGUGUAGAGACAAAGUCAUAGUAAAUGGAACUUUUCCCAACUUUAAUGUCACCGUCUUGAAUGUAAAAGCCACAGACAUUGGGUUGUACUGGUGUGAAUUUAAUUUGCAAGACAAAAAGUCAGUUGGCACAGUCACAUGGUUAUGGAUAGAAGAAUCAGUAGAUAAAAAAACAAAUAAAACAGGAGAAAUAGAAAGGAAAGGAGAAGCAGGAGGAAAAGAUGAUGAGAAAGUGUGCUCAGGAGAUAUUCUUCAUCAUGUGAAGAUCUUUCUCAUUGUGUGUGCUGUCAUGCUGCUGCUGCUGUGCAUCACUGGUUUCAUCUUUGUGAUUCUGAAGGUGAAGGGGUGUUGGAGGAUCAAGAAAUACAGACCAUCAAAUCCACCCUCAGACUCAGUUUACGAAGAGAUGAAACGGAUUAAUUUAGACGGCCAACCCAGUGUACGGACGCUCAUCAACCCUGACUAUCAAUCCAUUAUGUUACUCCACUAAAUAUCUGUGAUAUAAAGUUUAAAUUUAUCUCUCUAUUUGGAUUGGCAAAGCUUUCAAAUGAUUUAUUGCUUCAUAUUUGAGUUUCUCAUUUUCAUAUUUUUCUUAUCCUUCUUUCAGUUCAGAGAGAGAGAAACAUAAGCUACCUGAUCUACUGAUGAAAACAUAACUGUGGGAACUUUUUCAAAAGACAUGAAAUACGUACCAAUAAGUACAUAUUAAUGCAGUUUCUAACAGAAAUGAACAUUAGAGGCAGUAACACAGCGAGCAGCGAGCACUUGUAAUCGUCUUCAUACACAGUUAUGAUUACAGCUCCACAUCUUUCACUAUGGUUAUAUUUAAGAUGCUGUAGAUCAGGACCAACUUAUUAGUUUAAGUGUAAAGAAUAAAAAAAAAAAAAAAAGAUGCAGCAGUUUAAGAGAUAUUGUCAGCUGAUGGACAACAGAAAUGUCAAAGAGCUCAUUUGUGGUCUUGUGUGCACAUGCCUGCGAGCUACUUUUCAGUCUGACAAAUAGUCUAACCGUGAACUGACUGAUAGAAUUAAAGUACAGAAUCAUAUUUCACGCCUCUGUUAAUAAUAAAGGCAAUCAAAGCUA